GGGUCAACUGGCAGGUGGCUAUGGUGAAUUGAGUCAGCUAAGUGGAUGGACUUUGGAAAAGCACUCAGGCAAAGCAAAGUCAAUACAAUUUCCGAUUAGAUCUAUCCCAAAAUUACCCGUCCGCAGGCUUUAGCGAUAUAAAUAGAGCUGAAACUUCCGAAAGCAGACAGUGAAGUCGUCCCUUGAGCGCCGGUUCAUCAUGCUGCUGCACACCGUACUGCUGGCUCAAGUUCUCCUGGCCAUCUGCCAUGUCGGCUUGGCUGAGAAAAUGAUGCGUCCCAAGUUUAAAGACAUCAAAAUAUGGAGCGAAGAAAAGUUUAUCAGUCACAAGGUGACCUACGACAGCGCCGAUCCCCACCUGAACUUCUCCAUGGAGGUUCACCAGGAUCUGCACGACGUUGAUAUCCACCUAGAGGUGCGCAUUACCAAUAAGCAGGACCCGCUUUACACAACCACCAUGAACACCACGCUCAACGUGUGCCGCAUCCUGGGCUUCGCGAACAAGUCCCCGGUGGGUCGCUUCGUGCACGGCUUCAUACGCGAGUAUGGCAACAUCGUAGAUAGCUGCCCGAUCGCCAAGGGCUCGUACUUCAUCAACAAGUUCUGGUGGCCCGAGGACCCGACCACGGCCAUCCUGCCCGAGCUUGAGUUCGAGAUCAUCUGGCAGGCCAUGCUCCUGGACUCUAGCAAGAAGCGCACUCUGAUUAUGAACGAUCACUUUGGCGGAGAGUUCGUCGUGCAGGACGUCAACAACCUCAAGCCCGGCAUCUUUGCGAUGCUGCCAAAGAUCGCCUAGAAGGGCCGAAAGGGGUGGCUUGCUGCCUUGCCCUAGGAGAAGCCAUUCUAAGUCGUCGAGUGUCUCAAUGGUAUUUAGUAAUAUUUAUUCAAUGUCACCCGCAAGCAAAUAAAGUUGCCUCAGAGCGCA